UGCGAGCAUCACAGGGGUUUUCAUCUGAGCUGCGUAGUAAGGAACCACUGCAUUAGCCCAGACACAGGGACACUAUCUACGGCAUCAAAAUAAAUACCUGAAGCAAAGAAACUGCAGGUGAACUAGGUGGUGAGGGGAGCCAGUGUCAAUAUCGUGAACUCAUAAAGCGAAGGAGCCUCACACAACAGAGUCAUCAUGACUCAGGGCAAGCUGUCGGUGGCAAACAAAACAAACCAUGGCUCUACUGCAGAGACUGUGCCCCCAGCCCCUCCAACUUAUGAGGAGGCCACUGCAGGUGGCAGUCCUUCCUAUAGUGGGGCUUAUCCUGGCGAUGGGGAGAUGCUUACAGAAUUCAGCUGGGAUGACAAGAACAUCAGAAGGGUGUUCAUUCGAAAGGUGUAUGCUAUACUGAUGAUUCAGCUCUUGGUUACCCUAGUCAUUGUGUCUGUGUUCACUUUCUGUGACCCAGUGCGGGAGUACAUUCAAGCCCACCCUGGGUUUUACUGGGUGUCUUAUGCGGUGUUCUUUGUCACCUAUUUGACCCUGUCCCUCUGCUCUGGACCCCGGAGACAAUUUCCUUGGAAUCUCAUCAUGUUAACAAUCUUUACUCUGUCUCUCUCCUAUAUGACAGGAAUGUUGGCCAGUUUUUACAACACCAAGUCAGUCGUAUUAUGCCUUGGGAUCACAGCUCUUGUGUGCCUUUCUGUAACAGUCCUCAGUUUCCAAACCAAGUUUGAUAUCACUUCAUGCCAAGGUGUGCUGUUUGUAUUCAGCAUGACCAUGUUCAUCGGUGGACUAGUCCUGGCCUUCGUCCUGCCCAUGGGCUAUGUUCCCUGGUUGCAUGCUGUCUAUGCAGUUUUAGGAGCACUCCUGUUUACCAUGUUCCUUGCAUUUGACACCCAGCUAUUGAUGGGCAACAAACGCUACACCCUAAGUCCCGAGGAGUACAUCUUUGCCACCCUCAACAUCUACACGGAUAUCAUCUACAUCUUCUCCUUCUUCCUACAGUGGACUGGCACAGAGCGGGACUGAGAUGUCUUGUUGUGGCAUCCAAUUGUACACCCUGUAAUGCACUUUCCUGUGGUCCACACCCCCUUAUCCCUCAAAGUUACAGUGUUCCUGUUCUCUCCAGCAUGAUAUGGCUGUCUAGUACACUGUCUUGUGUGUUUAGCUCUUGUACUGACAUCCCUCCAGACCUGACAUGUCAUUCACAUGUAGGGAAGCUGGGGUUACAUUAAUUGGUUUUAAAGGGGACCCUAAAUAUAAUGGCCUCUCUUGUCAGUGGACUCACAUUUUUGGGGCACUAUACUUGAAGUGUACUCUCAUCUAGAAAAGAGAGAUUCCAUUAUCUUGUGCAACAGCAUUCUUGGAAUCACUUUUAACCUUGAUGUCAUGUGGAACUUAUCAUGGUGUUGGAAAAACAGUCAUUCUUCUAAUUUCAUGACAUGCAUGCAUUAAUUCAUGGGUACCUCUGUGCAAUACAACAGCUUACAAAAAAGAGAGUUGCAGAAGUAUACAACAUUGUAAAAUGGUAGCUUAGUCUCCGGCCUGACAUCUGCACAGUGUUUUGUAGAACAUUUGCUCCCAGUGCAUGUAGACUAGAGUGGAUGUCAAGAGAAUCAUUGGGUGUGAUGUUUAAUGUGGCUCUAUGUGGCUGCUUUGGGUUAAUCAACAAACUACAUUUGCUAAACUGCACUUUAACUGUUACUGUGUUGUUCUCAGUUGCCUUCACUGCCUCACUGUCAACACCCUGUUUCCCUGAUAUGAAGUGUUGGUAGCCUAGUACUUCUUUUAUGGACAUUCUCUGUUAAAAAACAAGACUAAUGUAGGUUUACAGAAGUUGAUUAUUAAGUAAAAGCUGAGCAUGGUUGGGACUAAUGCAUGUGGACAGUGCCUCUAAAUGGAGGAUGCUUUUGGCUCCUCUGGAAAAUGUUAAAAUGGUCUAUUUUUAUUGCUGUGUAGCCUUUCUGCAUAUUUAAGAAAGGAUCUUUGGCAGUUUGAUCAGAUUAAAUCAAUGAUUUAUUGAAAUAUUUGACAGUAGGCCUAUACUGUUUUUCUUUUGUUUGUUUGUUUUUUAAUACCUCGGCUAUACCAAAAGAUGUGUAUAUAUUGUCAGGUUGAAGCCAUGGCCACUUUUGCAAAAGACUAGGCUUUUCUUAUUGGCUAAAUAUGUAUGUAGAAAGUAGGCCUAUGUGUUAAUUAGCAUAUGGUUUAAACUGUAGGCCUAUUUGAAAAAAAUGCUGUAUAAUUUCUGAGCCCCAAAUUUAAAUGUGCCAAAGCAUUUAUUUUAGAUGGCAUUUAAAAUAAGUUUGGUGAGGUUUCAAAUAUGCAGCUUUGUUACAGCCUAUUUGAUAGGCUAGGAUAGGCGCAGCACAGACUUUUCUGGUAAAUUCAAGAAGUAGACUGUAGGUUAUGCUACGGAUUGAUUUAACAGUUGGUUUCUUGUCAUUGAAAACAAAAUUAUUUUGUUAGCUUUUAUUUAAAGAUGUGAAUGUAAAUGUUGGCCUACAUUAAUUUUUCACAGUGGUUGAAAUAAAAUAAUGAGAUGGACUA